AUGCAUCCUCUCCCGCCUGUCAGCCAGGAUAUCGCUUCCUGGGAGCAGUGGCAAGUGAAGACCGAGACCGUGCCUACCCCUGUCUUCAUAUGGACUCGCUCCGCUCGUAUCUACGACUGGAAUGCACGUCGUACAGGCGAAUGGGAUUUUGUCCAUGGGGGUAUAGAUGUACUGCUCGAGCAGCUCCAUCUUCUGUUGAGGCAAGAUGAUCUGCUCAGCCAAGCACGCGCCUAUUGGGGCAUUUGCAAUAUUGCUGAGCUGUUGUUGAACUUCCAUCUACACUCCGGCCACCUCACCGAAGUGACGAAUAUCAUCGCUUCACACAUCCAUCCAGAUGACUUCCUCCUCCCAGGGAUACCCCACACGCCUGGGAACAGACCUGUAAGCCCCAUCUUGGAAGAUCAUGAUGAUCUUCAAUGGGAAAUAUGA